GGUGUAUGGCCGAUGCCGGAGGUGUGCGACCGAUGCUGGACGUCUGCGACCGGUCCGGAGUUGUGCGACCGGUGCUUGAUGCGUGCGACCGGUGCUGGAGGUGUAUGGCCGGUACCGGAUUUGUGCUACCGAUGCUGGACGUCUGCGACCGGUCCGGAGUUGUGCGACCGGUGCUUGAUGCGUGCCACCGGUGCUGGAGGUGUAUGGCCGGUGCCGGAGAUGUGCAAUCGGUCCCGAGUAGUGCAAUCGGUGCUGGCGGCGUGCGACCGGUGCUGGUGGUGUCUGACAGUUGCUGGGUUAGGUGGGGGACGUGUGUGACCGUUGGAAGUGUGUGGACGGUGCUUGAGGAGUGCAGUCAGUCCGGAGGUGGGCGACCGGUGCUUGAGGUGUGUGACCGGUGCUGGAGGAGUGUAACAAGUGCUGGAGGUGUGCGACCGGUGCUGGAGGUGUGUGACAUGUGCUGGAGGAGUUCGACCGGUGCUGUAGGUGUGUGACAGGUGCUGGAGGUGUGCGACCGGUGCUGGAGGCGUGCGACCGGUGCUGAAGGUGUGUGACAGGUGCUGGAGGCGUGCGACCGGUGCUGAAGAUGUACGACCUGUGCCAGAGCUGUGUGGCCGCUUUAAGAAUGGGCGGUUAAGCCAAAAAUCCGCGACUGUUUUGCGUUUUGAUUAAACAAUAUAUCGCUUUCUUCACGCUUGAAAAUGUCGAGCUUAACAUUGUUAAACUAUUUGAUUUGUUUAUUGACCGUCGAUGUUAUCGCAUAUCAUUAUUACCAUUUGAGAUGACCACCAUUUAUCGCACACACGAAUGCCGCAUGGCUGACCUGUAUAGAAUUCAGUAACUGAUUUACAUGGAAAUUAAAAGUAAACUCCUAAAAAUGAGCGCAUCCCGAAAACAACGGGCUGAUGACCGAUAUGGCUGGGUGGUUGUGGCGGCCGCCUUCACAAUUAACUUCCUGGCAGACGGAAUCGUGUUCUCAUCCGGUGUGCUCCUUGUUGAGUUCCUUGAUGACUUUGAGGAGUCGCACGGACUGACGGCCUUCAUCGGAGCGAUUCAGGCUGGAAUGAUGCAUCUUAUUGGCCCUCUGGCGGCGGCUCUCAUGGAACGACUAGGAGCCCAGAUAGUGACUGUCGUAGGAGCCGUACUGACCUGUAUUGGCCUAGCCGCCAGUUUUCCAGCCUCCACAGUGGCGCACCUCACAAUUACUAUGGGGGUUAUAGGAGGGACGGGGAUUGGUUUAAUGUUUCUGCCACCUGGUGCCCUGGUUGUACAGUACUUUACGGAGCGACGGGCCCUUGCUAACGGCAUCGCUGUAUGCGGUUCUGGUGUGGGCACAUUCGUAUUCAACCACGUGAUGCACCUGCUUAUAUCGGAGUACACGUGGCGCGGGGCGGUUCUUGUGGCGGCCGGUGCCGCUCUUAACGGGGCCGUGUUCGGCCUCCUGCUGCGACCCGCACCUAGAAGUGAAGCACUUCCCGGUGCGGCAGUUACAUCGGACGAGAAGGCGGUGAAAAUUGACGAAUACAGAUACAGUUCGGACACAAUUAAACAGUCUGUCGAAAAAGAGAUGAAUAUCGAGAUAACUAUGUUGAAGAAAACAUAUUUGCCGUUAGAAUAUUCCAAGCCUAAUAAAAUACAAGAUGAAACAUACCCUGAACAUUCUGAUUCUGGUAUGUCGAGUUUGGUGAUCGACAUAAAUGGUUCCGGUCAUGAUGUAUCACGCCAAUGCGAAUCUGAAACAAAACUUACACCAACUCCGGGUACAUUAAAAGUUAUAUGGACCACGAUGUUGUCAGCCGUUGCGGCUGUAUUCCCUCGGGAACUCCUGAAGAACAGGCGACUUCUGAUGUUUAUGGCGUUUACCUUUGUGUUCAAUCUUGCCUUUGUUAUUCCAUUUUCACUCGUGCCGGACGAGGCGAUUAGCGCGGGCCUCUCUAAGUACCAAGCAACUUGGCUUGUAUCUUCAAUAGGCAUAACUAACAUCGUAAGUCGUAUAAUAAUGGGUUGGAUCGGAGACCGGGAUGGCGUCAAUAGGCCCGCCAUGUUAGUUGCCAUGGUAGCGCUCGCAGGAUUGGCCAUCGCGGCUGUUCCCUUCCUCCCUACCUUUGAAACAAAGCUGUGUAGCACCGCCGCAAUUGGUAUUUUCUUAGGUGGUUUUGUCAUGUUGUUUGCUGUCGUUCUUACUGACAUGUUCGGCGAUGACGUCAUUUCCCGUUCAAUCGGUCUUGCUUACUUCACUGAAGGAAUCGCUUGCUUCGUUGCUGUCCCGAAAGGAGGCUGGCUGUUUGAUGUGACUGGAAACUACCAGGUGACUUUCCUCGUGGCGGGUGGCGAGUGUCUCCUGGCCGCUGCCCUCCUCGUGGUCGCCAUCUCUCUUCACCGGAAUUCGUACACAGUGGAUAGCUUAAAAGCGACAAAUCGGAAGAUCAGCUGGGGUCGGUUCUUGCCAAUGACUAGUAUUGAAGAAGCAAGUUGAACUACGCAGAAAACAUCAAUGGUGCCACACAUACAUUUCUGUGAUGAAAAUGGAAAGGAAUUAGUAGGAAAAUAUGUGUAUUCCAAUAUUCUAGUUCAUUGCUUUAGAACCCUUUCAUCGAUUGAAUCAUUAAUGGAAUUGGCACGAAGAAAUGGUAUCUGACCUUUGACCACAAAGUGUGACGUUGACCAUGCACGGGAAAUGCUUCGAUUUAAAUAAUCAGUACAUAUCAAACAUCAUGUUUACAAAUGUGUUCAGAAUACAAAUAAAACACAUGUAUUCAACUUUUUAUACGUCAUUGACUGUGAUCAUGGUUAGAUCAAAUUGAUUAGCUAUAAUAUCAUUCAAAAUUUACAAAUCAAGAUGUCUGUGCACGAGAUUCUGUGGUUUUACACAUCUAGGUGCAUAACGUCAGCACCAAUAAACCUGAGUUUACCGCGUCCUCAGUGGUCAAGGUAUCCAGCAUAUUGCGGGUUGCACAGCGAUGUACAGAAAAAAGAUGCACAAUUUUGCAUUCUACGAAAUAAAUAUUAUUUUUUUCAAAUA